CAAAAAAUAUGAGAAACAAGUUGAUUUAACUGGUGAUGAAGAAACUAGUGAUGAAGAAGAUUUUCAAUCAAUUGAUGAAUUAGAUGAUGACGAACCAGAUUUAGAGGAUUACGACUUGCCCUUAAAUGAUGACAAAUUAUUUUCUUGUUUUGAAAAAUAUUGA